GCAAACUCGAUACCUAAACUCGAACUGUGAGAACUAGUACUGUACUUUUUCACAAUGGCUUCAACUGACCACCCCUCUGUAACUGAAAUCCAAAACCCUCAAUCUCCAAUCAACGGUCACGAUUCCACCGAUCAACCGCAGGACCCGGAAACCCAGCCGCCGCAAGACGACGCCGUUUCGGGAGACAAGCGGAAGCGGGACGAGGAAGGCGGCGAUAAGAAGCCGGACGCCGCCGGGCAACACCCUAUGUGGAAGACGAGCCUCUGCUCCUUCUUCCGCCGCCAGGACGCGUCCUGUAGCCACGGCAGCGGGUGCCGCUAUGCCCACAGUGAAGCGGAGCUCCGGCCCCGACCCGAUAACACUUGGGACCCGACCUCGGAGCGGGUCAAGAAGGCGGCGAAGAAGUCGGGGGAGGAGGAGGAAUGCGCGGGCAUUGAUGAGGUCAUGAUGACGGAGGCGCUGGAUUAUGAUGAGGACGGUGAGGGAGAAGGCGGGGAUGGGCUCGGGUCGGAUCUUGCUCUGAGUAAAUGCCUGGUCCAUUUGCCCAGGAACUGGAAGUCCGAUAAAUUGAAGGACUUCCUUAGUGACCAGGGUAUUCAAUAUAAAUCGGCGAAGAAGAAGAAAGGCAUGGCACUGGGUUUUAUGAGUUUUGAAAGUGCAGAACAACUAGAAACGGCGGUCAAGGCAUUGGAUGGAAUAUCAAUUGGAAACAACAAUAUAAAGGUAGCAGAUGUUCUUCCCCGAUCAUUUGAAAAGAAAACUAAAUCAGCAUUGGGUUUACCAUUGAUUGGGGAGAAUGCAGAAGACUCUUUGGUUGCAAAUGGGGUUGAGGAUGGUGAUGAGACGAAGGGACGAAGUGCCCGUGCUGUAGUGACUCCCCUUGCUCAUUUGCCUUAUACUGAUCAGUUGGAGCAAAAAAAGAGAUCUGUUAUGCAGAUUCUCAAAAAACUUACCCAAAGUGCUCGCAAAGCUUGUCCUAAUGGUGUUCCACUUCCAGAAUGGAUUUUAAAGUCUAGGGAAAUAGGUGGUCUUCCCUGCAUUUUAGAGGGUAUACUAGCAUCCCCAGUUGUACGUGGAUAUCGUAACAAGUGCGAGUUUUCGGUUGGGCAUUCUCUACAGGGCAAAGUAACUGUGGGGUUUACACUUGGAAACUUUAGGGAGGGUGUUACAGCAAUUGAAGAACCUUUAGACUGCCCAAAUGUAUCUCCAAUUUCUUGCAAAUAUGCUUCUAUCUUUCAGGAAUUUUUGCAACAAUCAAGUUUACCAGUUUGGAGCAGAUUUAAGAAUACUGGUUUCUGGCGUCAAUUGACGGUUCGAGAAGGGAGAUCAGGCAUGGUCUCUGAUGCUGAAAAUUGUGAGCCAAACAUUUCAGAGGUCAUGCUUAUGGUUCAGGUUUCAACUGCGGGAUUUGAUGAUUCACUUAUAACCACUGAGUUUGAGAGGCUAGCACAAGCUUUUUCUGCAGGUGCCACUGCAAAUUCUCCAUCUUUACCUCUAACAGUUUUAGUAAUUCAGGAUCACCAAGGAAUAUCAAACGUAGCACCAGCUGAUGCUCCAUUACGCUCAUUAUGUAUUUCUAAAGCCGAGAAUGGUUCUGAAAUCCAGGCCACCAACAAUGUGGCGGAACCAAAAAUCCAUGACUAUAUAAACAAUCUUCGCUUCUGUAUAUCACCGACAGCAUUUUUCCAGGUUAAUACCCUCGCUGCUGAGAAGUUAUACUCGCUCGCAGGGGAUUGGGCUCAGUUGGGUCCUGAAACCUUGCUAUUUGACGUAUGUUGUGGGACUGGAACAAUUGGGCUGACUUUAGCACACCGUGUUGGUAUGGUUGUUGGCAUUGAAAUGAAUGCUUCUGCAGUGUUAGAUGCUCAGAGGAAUGCUGAAAUUAAUGGCAUAAAGAACUGUAGAUUUGUGUGUUCAAAGGCAGAGAAUGUGAUGCGGUCUUUAUUGGAAGAGUACCUUACUGCACCUGAGAAACAAGACAGUGAUGCCAUUGAAGGUAGUGACAAAGCAAUAGUUACUGAUGACGAGAAAAUAGUUGUCACUGAUGAAGAAAAAGUAGUAAAGGUUGAAAAACCCAACCCUCAAGAGAGUUUCAGCCAUGAGGCUGAAAAUGGUAAAAGUGCAUGUGAAGGUUUAGAUAAUAGCAAGCAGGACCUUCAGAAAAGUUGCACUUCUCAAAAUAGGAAAAGUCCGAUUCAGUGUUUCAAGAAUGUGGUAGCUAUUGUUGAUCCUCCACGCAAUGGACUGCAUCCCACAGUGAUCAAAGCUCUGAGAACUCAUCCUGGACUACGGAGGCUUGUCUACAUCUCCUGCAAUCCUGAAAGCCUAGUGGCAAAUGCCAUCGAGCUUUGCACACCUUCCCCUGAUGAAAUUGAAAAGAACAAGAACAACCGAGCAUGGAGAAAAAUGAGCAGUGCCGGUCUGGCACGGCACAGGGCAAAGUCUAUGCCCGCUUCAGAGCCUUUUCAACCUGUAAAAGCAAUGGCGGUUGACAUUUUUCCACAUACUGUACACUGCGAAUUGGUAAUGCUGCUUGAGAGGUAGAUGGACUCAAGGGAAUCUAGGAAAUGUUGUAACAUGCUUGUAGCUGGAGUCCACUGAUCCAAGUGAAGUCAGCCAGAUAAUUUAUUUAGUUUUACCAACAAAAUUUUUGGCAGUAAAUUAAAUCUAGCAUUUACAAUUAUUAUUACUAGUUUUAAAAGAGAUUUACCA